AUGUUUGACUGUUGUACUGUGAAAAAUAACGAUGAUGAAUCCGUCCCUGAGUUCGAAGACAUUUUGGUCAAAAAGGGUGGAUUUGGGACUGGAACAUCCGAUGAAGUAGAAGUGGAACAUCAUCAAAUCUUGGAACCAAUUACCCAGACUAAAAUUGUCGAAGUCACUAAAGAAAUUAUUGAGGAGAAGAUCGUAGAAGUGCCGCAAGUACAAGUUGUGGAGAAGAUCGUAGAAGUGGACGUCCCCGUCAUCAAGUACAAACCUGUUUAUAAGAAAACGCCAGUCGUUGUAGAGAAGGUUAAACAUGUACCAAAGAUAGUAUAUGAGGAUAAGAUCAUAGAGGUUCCUCAAGUGCAAUAUGUUGAAAAGGAAGUUGAGGUUCCACAAAUUGUUUACAAGGAGAGGAUUGUAGAGGAGCCCAAGGUUAUGGUUGUAGAACAUGUUAUACCUGUCCUUAAGGUUAAGAAGGCAGUUAUGACUGCCAGAGAUAAGCAAGUUCCUGAAGAUAUCAUGCAAGAACUUGAUUCUAUGAACUAUGCUGAUGCAAAUGAGGAGGAAAUAUCCAACGCUGCAUGUUGUGCCAAUUAA